AUGCAUCCGCGGCGCCCGGACGGGUUCGAUGGCUUGGGCUACCGCGGGAGUGCACGGGACGAGCGCGGCUUUGGCGUGGCCUUCCCUGCAAGGUCCUUCAGCUCCGGGCCGGAGCUGGGCCACUGGGUGACCACUCCCCCGGACAUCCCCGGGAGCCGCAACCUGCACUGGGGCGAGAAGAGCCCGCCCUACGGCGUGCCCGCCCCCGCCACCCCCGAGGGCCCCGCGGAGGAGCCCGUGCCCGGCGGCGGCGGCGGCGGCGGCAGCGGCGUGCCCGGGCCUAGCACGGAACAGUUGAGUAGAUUUGCUGGAUUUGGUAUUGGACUUGCAAGUCUCUUUACAGAAAAUGUACUGGCUCAUCCUUGCAUUGUUCUACGCCGCCAAUGUCAGGUUAAUUACCAUGCUCGGCAGUAUCAUCUCACUCCAUUUACAGUCAUCAAUAUUAUGUACAGCUUCAAUAAAACUCAGGGACCAAGGGCCCUUUGGAAAGGAAUGGGAAGUACAUUUAUUGUCCAGGGAGUCACACUUGGAGCAGAAGGAAUAAUUAGUGAAUUCACACCUUUACCAAGGGAGGUUUCACAUAAAUGGAAUCCUAAACAAAUAGGAGAACACCUUCUGCUGAAAUCCCUAACUUAUAUAGUGGCAAUGCCUUUUUAUUCAGCAAGUCUGAUUGAAACAGUACAGAGUGAGAUAAUUCGAGAUAAUACUGGGAUUUUGGAAUGUGUUAAAGAAGGCAUUGGAAGAGUGAUAGGCCUGGGAGUGCCUCAUAGCAAACGACUGCUUCCUCUUCUCUCCUUGAUCUUCCCCACAGUGCUGCAUGGGGUUCUUCAUUACAUCAUCAGCUCCAUCAUUCAGAAGAUCGUCCUACUAAUUAUAAAGAGAAAGACUUAUGGCCACCCAGCUGACAGCACUAGCCCAGUGCAGAGUAUGCUAGAUGCUUAUUUUCCAGAACUAAUUGCUAACUUUGCUGCCAGUCUUUGCUCUGAUGUUAUACUUUAUCCUUUGGAAACAGUUUUGCACCGCCUUCACAUUCAAGGAACACGCACAAUAAUUGACAAUACAGACCUUGGCUAUGAAGUGCUUCCAAUUAAUACACAGUAUGAGGGAAUGAGAGACUGUAUCAAUACCAUAAAGCAGGAGGAAGGAAUGCUUGGUUUUUAUAAGGGGUUUGGUGCUGUUAUAAUACAGUACACACUGCAUGCAGCUGUCUUACAGAUAACUAAAAUCAUUUACUCUACGCUUCUUCAAAAUAGCGUUUGA